AUGGCGACGACGAUGAAAGGCCUUCUUAAGGGCCUUCGUUACAUUACUCAGAUUUUUGACGAAGAGAAAGAAGAGGAGAUGAAGAUAGGAUUUCCGACAGAUGUAAAACAUGUUGCCCACAUCGGCAAUGAUGGUCCAUCCACCAAUGCUCCAAGCUGGAUGAAUGACUUCAAAGCUCAAGAACAUGAGCAAGGUCAAGUCGUUUCAAGAGGAAACUCCAACAAAUACAACAGCCCUCAAGCCAUGAACCAAAGUGGAGCAGGGCUAAAAGAAUUGCUUCCUCCAAACACCAACGAGAAACAAAAACAGAAAACAAGGCGUCCAAACCAUAAUGGUUCUGCAUCAUCAGACGGAUCAGUGAAGCAGUCAACAAGACAUAGCAAAAGCAAACACGGGUCAGUAGACUCAUCUAGUGAUCAAGAACCUUCAGUACGUAGAAGGCGUGGUGGUAGCAAAGACACACAAGGUUCCUCAAGUAGUCUUCCUGAUGGUUCAGCUCCACCAAGGAAGGAUACAUCACGACCGAGGAAAGUUAAAGGAUCAAUAGGAGGAGGAGAAGGGUCAGUGAAGAAAUCACCAAAAGGAAAACAACCAUAGAGUUCAGUUGUUGAUGAUACAU